UGUGUCUUGAUUUAGUACUUUCUCAGGCUAUUUAUUUAUUAGUCGAUACUACAGCCGCUGAGUGACACGUGGUCGGGUUUUCACUGUUUACAUAUUUUUUAUAUUAUCCUUAAAUAACAUUACUUUAGAUUCAAUAACAAUAAAAAUGAGCGCGGAACACCAGAAAUUGAAGGCUUUUGCUGUUGAACUGUUUCAAAUCAAAGCAGUUAAAUUUGGAGAAUUUAAAACUAAAGUAGGACUUAUGACUCCAGUUUAUUUCGAUUUACGUGUUAUUGUUAGUUACCCCGAAAUAAUGAAAACUUUGUCGCAUCUUCUUGUGGAUAUAUUGAAAGAUAUUAAAAAUAUCGAUAUUCUCUGUGGAGUUCCAUACACUGCUUUGCCGAUUGCGACUGCUGUAUCUUUAGAAACAGGACUUCCAAUGGUAAUGAGACGAAAAGAAGCUAAAGAUUAUGGGACAAAGAAGCUAAUCGAAGGAGUAUUCAAAGAAGGAGAUAAAUGUCUUAUAGUCGAAGAUGUUGUCACUUCUGGAAGCAGUAUAUUAGAAACAGUUAGAGAUCUUCUAAAUGAAGGAAUUAAAUGCAAAGAUGCGGUUGUGCUCUUAAACAGAGAACAGGGUGGUGCAAAAAUCCUAGAAAAAAAUGGAAUUAGAAUGCACGCUGUAUUGUCUUUAACAGAAAUCAUUCAAUAUUUAGUAGAAGCCAAGUGUAUCGAUUCAGAAAUGCAACAAAAAGUUCAAAAGUAUUUAGCUGAAACUCAAGUUACAGAUGCAGUUCUGAAUAAAGCACCUCCUGCUAAUAGAUUAAAACUGUCAUUCAUAGAAAGAUCAAAACUAGCAAAAAAUCCGGUAGCAGCUAAGUUAUUUGAAAUUAUGUCUGCAAAACAAACAACUUUAUGUCUGGCAGCUGAUCUUACAGAUGCAACGAAAAUUUUAAAUCUUGCUGAACAAGUAGGUCCAUAUAUAUGUGCCUUAAAAACACAUAUUGAUAUUAUAGAAGAUUUUCAUAGCAAUUUUAUCGAACCCCUGAAAGAUAUUGCUAAAAGACAUAAUUUUGUAUUGUUCGAAGAUAGAAAGUUUGCUGAUAUUGGAAAAACAGUAGAAUUCCAAUACAGUAAAGGGAUAUACCAAAUUUCUUCAUGGGCUAGCCUUGUAACUGUACAUUCCUUAACUGGCAAGGGUGUAUUAGAUGCCAUAAAAGGUGCUACUGGAAAUCCAGAGAGAGGCGUAUUUUUAUUAGCUGAAACUAGUGCUGCAGGAAGUUUGAUAACAGACAGUUAUACCAAGUCUACAUUAAAACUGGCAUCUGAAUAUCCUGACUUAAUAUCAGGAAUUGUUUGUCAAAAUCCACUAUUCCUAGAUAAUCCAGGAUUGAUCCAACUUACCCCAGGCGUAAAAAUAGAGUCAAAAGUGGACAAUUUGGGACAGCAAUACAACACGCCUGAUUUAGUUGUCGCUGAAAAAGGAGCCGAUGUUGCCGUCGUUGGCAGGGGAAUUACUGAAGCAUGUGAUCCUGUUGCUGCCGCACAAUUGUAUAGAGAAAUGUUAUGGAAAGCUUACUCUAAAAGAAUAGCAGUUUAAAAAAAGCUAAAUUUUUAUCUAAGAACAAUAUUAAUUAUGUUUUAUACAACCUCAUUGCUGUGAUAAAUAAGACCACUUUAAUAAAACACUGGCUCCUUGUCUCAAAUGAAUAUGUCGUAUUAUAUAAAGUAUAUUAUAAGUAUAUAUAGGUAUAUAUGAAAGUUUAA